GAAAGAUUUCUAGACUCCGGGGUCUCUGCCAGCCUUGUUUCUACCAUCUUUGUUAUGUCCAUGAAGUUUUCAUCAAAUCCAAGUCUCUCUACCAGUGGACAGUAGGACAUCAGCAGCUCUGGAAAGAGGACAAGAAAAGGUCCCAGUUCAAGUCUGUGCAGCAGCGCCAUCUACCGACACGGAGGGAUUACUACGACACAACGAGCCGUAGUCAAUGUGACCGACUAACGUGAAUCAGCUUCCCUGGCUCAAUAUGUGUAAUAUUUAUUUCGGGAUUAAAUAAGCUUUAUUUUCUGAAAAAUAUUCGUUUUUAUGGACCUUAAAGUAGCAAAAUGUUAACAAAUGAAGACAGUUAAGUAAAUAUUUAACGGUCGUCUCUCGACCUGAGCAGAGUCUAUAAAAGUGAGGCAGACGUCCCUUGAAGCCUCCACCUGCUGUCCGGGAGUUAGUUAACGUCAGCUAACUAAUUAGCUAAACCAAAGGGUUUGCGCAUCGUGAAAAGUAGCGUUUUUGCUGAUGUUUCCCUCGUCUGGUCUCUUUGCUGAUAUAAAUUGUCCUUUCUCAAAACGUGGGCUUUGUGAGCGGCCUCACUGUUUGUACAAACAUGCCACAGAAUUGCGGGAUGGGUUUGGUUCCUCGGAUAAAUCAUCGAUACUUGACUUUGCAGGAGUCAAAAAUGGCUAUGUGUAUGCCGACUGCGGGGCACCAGUGAAUGAUGUGACCAAAGAUGACUGCAUCCAGGAGCUGGAGCGGAUCAACAAGGAGAUUGAAACUGUAAGGCACGAGGUGGAGCAGGAGCAAAGGCGAUUGUCGCACUACCAGACUGUACAGGCAGACAGCAGAAACACUGUGCCUAAUUCUGCUGUUUCCAAGUCUGAGACUGCAGGUAAAAAUGUAGACAGAGGUUUUUACGGAAGGUCUUCAUGCACAAACUUAACUAAAAAGUACUCCAGAGCAAAGAAGUACGUGGUUGACAACUCAAAACCAAGGACUGAUUUGGAGUAUGACCCUCUCUCCAACUUUUCUGCUGACUUGCGGUCUUACAGCUCAUCAGGUAAAGAACAAAAAGUGAGAAAGGGACAAAGUUUGAAAAGAUCAAGAAACGCUCUACCUUGUGACGAGAAGAAGCCAGUGGCAGAUCAGGCUCAGCUUUCCCGAUCGCCAUCUCCAGAUGACUCAAAUGAAGACAGCGUCCUGAUUAUUGACAUUCCUCCCUCGCCUGACAAACAGAGAGGGCGAGAUCAGACAUCAGUUGAUUCUGUUGCUGGCAAAUCCCUCCAGGAAAAAGUAGAAGAAUUGAAGGAGAUCAAAACAGCGGCUAUUUUACUUAAUUCUCCACCGCUUCCAAACACUGAGGCAUGCAAGGUUACAUCUCCACCUGCCCCAACAGUAGAAAAAAAUAUAGUUAAUAGUAAAAGUGGUGCUGAAAACAAUCAAGGUCCAUCUUAUCUUUAUGAGAACAAAGAAUUUGUAAAUAUACCAGUAGAUGGGAGUGUAGUUGACCUAACUGGAUGUUUAGAAGACGGGGGAAGAGAGAGCCAGACAAUUACUCACUUCCAGGCUACUGAAACAGUAGUUGAGAAAAGUCCUGAACCUGCAAGUCAUCCUGCCAACACAGACCAGCAAGACUGGAACAAUCUUGUGGUGAAAGAGGAAGAAAACACGUUUCGGAUUGAAUUGCCCCAGUGUGAGAAAAUGGAGCCAUACAAUUUUCCUCAAAGGAAUUCUCUUUUUUAUGAAGCUCCAGCUGCUAUCUCAGACCCAUCCUGCAUGCAAUAUACCAAGAAAGCCCAGACAAUAGAACAGCCAGCUCAGAACAGAGUUACCAAUCAGUGGUGUUCCACAAAAUGUGUACCGUCAGUGCUUCCACACCAACAGAAAACAUCAAGCAAAAUGCCAGGACCAACGCAGGGUAAAGCUGCUGUUAACCAUGCUCAACCUGAAAGCUGCCUGGAGCCAGCAAAACUAGCUUCAAGAGACAGCCAAGGUCCGGCUCGACACAAUUCAUCAGCAUCAAGUUUGACAAACAUAGCUGAAUCUUCAUCCGCAUCAACUGAGCAGCUUUUGGAGAAAGCAGAUAGUGAAGGGUUUAUAAUCAUUGAGUCCAGCUCUGAUGACGAAGAUGAGCUCAACUAUUCAGAAAUGGAGCUGUCUGACAGUGACCCAAUGGAGGAAUGCUACAGGAUCUUCAUGGAAGCAAACGAGGAUAAGGGAAAUGAAGAGCAGCCUGAUGAGUUUGUUGAAGCUAUGGAUGUGGAGAAACAGGAGUUUAAUGCCAAACUCCAAGCAUUGCCAGGAAAGAAGAGGGUGGCUCAUGAAGCCAAACAUACAGAGCAGCCAGUGGCUAAGAGAAGAACUCAGCCCCAGGUGCUGGUUCCCCUACGUGGGCCUGCUGUGUCGGGGAUUGCCUCCCAGCCUUCCACCACCACCACCAAGAUUCAGCAGGUACAGCAGAGAGCCCCCAUGCUGACUGCUUCAUUUAGAGGUGGCCAGACGUUCGUUUCUUCCGCGUUUCAGGGGAGGCCAGAAAACCAAAGUACACCUACUCCUUCAGCUCUAACCCCUGAAAACCUGCAGCUUGCUACUGUGCAAAAUGCUUACAUAAACUACAUACCUUUGGGAACUGCCGUGAUCGAAGUGGGCAACAACUUGCACUUGAUCCUCCCAGAGGGCGCCUUCCCUCUGCCUGGUACUUCCACUUCCAGCCAAGUUACUUCAGUGCUAACCCCAAUGAGUCAAGUUAAUACCAGCACUGUAGCUGUGAAACAAAUAUACCAUCCACCUGCAGUUACCUCUGUGCAAAGAUACCGCACAACAGCACCUGUGCUCAUUCCUGCGCCAGCACGUAAACCUUCGCUGACUUCUUCCUUUGCAUCGGCAUAUUCAAGUCCAGCCACUUCCACUACUCCUCAAGCUGCUGUUCAUGCUACUGUGAAGCCAGUGCCUACUAAACGUAAAUUGAAGCAGCAGUGUGAGGCCCCCAAAGACAAAGUGCCGCAUGACCUCCGACAGCGUUACGUCAACAUGUUCACGGAGGAGUUUCUCAAAACAACAACCAAUGUUAAUGAUGCCUUUGAAAAGGCACUUGCUGAAGAGAGGACUGUGUAUAAUCGCAGUGUGAACAAACUCAAAUAUCAGAGUGUUGCAGUGAAUGCACUGAAGAGGCUGAAGAACCAAAGUGCUGUUGCUGCUAAAGAUGAAAAAGUCAUCAGCCAAAGACUGAAAGGCAACAUUCCACUUAACCUGAAGAAGUUUAAAGGAAAUGCAGAUGAUAUGGCAUUGUAUGACAGUUUGAAAGACUAUAUUUUGACUGAGGAAAGGCUGAUUGAGAGCAACUAUCCUGUCCAGCACCCAGAGAAACCUGGUUGUGCUAUUCUUUUUGCUGACAAUAAAAAAGGCAACACAGACUCCCUGAAGAGGAUCUGCUGUCGAUGUGGGGCUACAUUCUCUGUGAGCCAAACGGGCAAACACAUUCGUAAGGAGGAGUGUAAUUACCACUAUGGGAAAGGAGUUAAGAAUAAAGUGCCAGGUGGAGUGGAGACCCGCUACAGUUGCUGCGAGGGAGUCAUGGGAGCACCUGGAUGUCAGGUGUUUAAGUUGCAUGUCCAUGAUUCCCUCAGCCUUGAUGGUUUUGUCUCUACUCUUCCCAGACAUCCCGGGCCCGAUACGGGCUGUCCUGGGGUCUACUCCUUGGAUUGUGAAAUGUGCUAUACCAUUCAUGGUCUGGAGCUGUCCAGAGUGACGCUGGUCAACUCUGGUCUGCAGGUCGUUUACGACACCUUUGUCAGACCUGAUAAUGAGGUCAUCGACUAUAACACCAGGUUUUCAGGCAUCAGUGAGGAAGACGUGAAGGGUAACCACACCUCCCUCAGAGAGGUGCAGGAGACCUUAUUGAGCUUCAUUAGCGCUGACACCAUUCUGAUUGGACACAGCUUGGAAACAGACCUCUGUGCCCUGAAGUUGCUCCAUGGGACGGUGGUGGACACAUCAGUGGUCUUCCCCCACCGUCUGGGCCUCCCUCACAAGCUGACCCUCAACAACCUCACUGCUGAAUACCUCAGGAGGAUCAUCCAAGAGAGUGUUUGUGGCCAUGACACUGCAGAAGACGCCGCUGCCUGCAUGGAGCUUAUGUUAUGGAAGGUCAAAGAAGAUGGAAAACUGAAAAAAUGAUGGAAAUAAAACGAUUAUACAUGCACGCGCAAACACACACAACAAAUGUAUGCUAUUGUUCAAAUUUGAAUGUCAUCCAUUUGUGUAAAGCUCUUUUGGCUCUUUUCUGAUGACAUGGGAGGGCUGUUUAUUUUUAGUUUAAUUACAUUAUUUGAUUUAUGUUUGUUCAAUUUUAAUUUGCAGCCCAUGUGUCCAUGUCUGUAUAAAUAUUACUAACUGCACUGUUGUGUGCUAAGAAAACCUGAAGGGGUGGGGUGUCAUAUGUAUUUACAAAGUAAAGGCGCAGAAUGAAA